AUGAGCACUUCCCUGAACCCCUGCCAGCCAGUGCUCCUGUCUCCUCGGACAAUGGCAUCUUCCAUCACGUGGGGCCUCUUCCUGCUGGCAGUCCUGUGUGGUCAAGUUCCUGGCGCCAUGCGUCAAUCCAGCCCUGAUAUUCAUGAAAACAAUCUCCCACACUUCUCCACCUUCGCCUUUAACCUGUACCAUGAACUGGUCCGUCAUUCCAACAACAACAUCUUCUUCUCCCCAAUCCUAAAGGGCAUAGGCUUCAAGUUUAAGAAAGUGCCUAAGGCUGAUAUCUACAAAGGCUUAGGAAGUCUCCUUGAAACCCUUAAGGAGCCAAACAAUCAGUUCCACCUGACUGCCAGCGCUAUGCUAUUCAUCGACAAGCAUCUGAAGCAAAAGCCUGAGUUUUUGGACGAUGUCAAAAAGCUGUACCACUCAAGACCCCUCUCUAUCAACUUCAGGAACAUCAAAGAGGCGAAGAAAGAGAUCAACCAUCAAAUAGAGAUAAGAACUCAAGGAAAACUUGUGGAUUUGGUCAAAGAGCUUGAUGAAGACACGGCUUUUGCUCUGGUGAACUACAUAAUUUUUGACAGCAAAUGGAAGGAUAAAUUUGAGGCUCAGCGCUUGCUGACAGGAGACUUCCACAUGAACGAGAAGAUCAUGGUCAAGGUGCCUAUGAUCAACUGCCUGGGCAAGUUCCACCUGUACCAAGACAACAAGUUCUCCUGCUGGGUGCUGCUGCAACACUACAAGGGUAGAAUGGCCACCUUCCUGCUUCUGCCCGACCUGGGGAAGAUGCAGCUGCUGGAGGACGGGCUCUCCGAGAAGCACCUUACCAGAAUCCUCAAAUACCUUGAGAUACGGUUUGUCAAUUUACAUUUGCCCAAACUGUCCAUUUCUGGAACCUAUGAUCUGAAAACUGUCCUGAGCAAACUGGGCAUCACCAGGGUAUUCAAUGACGGGGUUGAUCUCCCAGGGGUCACUGAGGAACAGCCUCUGAAGCUGUCUAAGGCCAUUCAUAAGGCUAUGAUGAGCAUCAGUGAGAAUGGGACAGAACAUGCUGAGGCCACCACUCAGAAGAGAGUGCGGUCUGAGCAUCUGACCAUCAACUUCAACAUGCCCUUCUUAAUCAUCAUCAAGGAUGAAAACACCAACAUUCCCCUCUUCAUGGGAAAGGUGGUGAAUCCCAUGCAAAAAUAA